AGGUCACGAAGAACGGACUUUGGCUGCGCUAAUAAGUUGAUGCAGCUUAGGCACAGUUUUUCGGGUGUGAUUGAGGUUCUUGAUUGUAUCUUUUACCGCAACACUAAGACACUCUUCUUCUUUGCUUUGUGCAGUAACUAACUAGUAAACUAAGUUUGGUUUCCUUUGAUUCACACUUUUGAAGAUAACCGAUUAUCCAUCAGCUAAAAACCGCUUCCUCUUUGAUGGAUUCGAAUAAAUUACUCUACUUUCGACUGACUGCGCUAAUAAGUUGUUGAUGCAGCUUAGGCGAACGUACACGAAUCCUAGUCCUUCUUCUAUCCAAACUGAUCGAGGGCUACAACAAGAUGUCAUCAAGUGCGGUGGUUCGCGAUCAGCUGGGAACCUUGUUACACAAGGAUUUUAUCCUUCGGCGUCGCAACCCGUUUGAGACUGUAUGCCUAGUCCUGCUACCCGUCCUCACAACCUUCUUGGGCGGUUCGUCAUUCAUCGUCAUCGAAGAUGAGCCAAAAGUUGUGCCAUUCACGACGGAGGAACAUGCGUAAUUUUGAUUUUCUUGUUACUUUGAUGAAUUUGCAUGCUUCUGGAGAGAUAACUCUUUGUACAGUCAUUCAUAAUAUUGUCAAGUGAUUAUUCUUUCAGAAACAACUCGUCUCAGCAUCACUGUCCCCACUACACAACAGAGCCCAAACCGCGAUCGGGCAGAGUUCAACCUUUAUCUUCGACCCGUAUCCACUCGACUGCGUCGCUCUCGACGGUGCAGCUUUGCUAGCCCGUGGGGACGUCGACGAUGCAAGAGGUGGGGGAGGUGGCGGCCCGAUUUCCGAAGUCGGAAUUUUAUGUACAUCCUCCACUUACAUCCUCCACAGUACAUCCUUGACCUUUUUUCACGUGGAGAAUAGGUGAAGGAUGUUCUGAAGAAUGUAAUGCCGCAACCUGCUCUAAGGUUUGGCCUACGCUAUACCACAAACUUCGACUGUUUCCUUGGGGCGAUCUCAAAUUUCAUUCCUCUGUGGAACAUCGUGGUAAGGCAGCUGAGGGAAGCACCAGCAUGGACGCCGAAACCUUCGAUAUUUGCAGUAGUGGAUCCGGAGGGGGGAGGGGUACUUAGUAUCAAGAAGUGGAUUUUAGUUUCUUAUCCGUACCUCUUAGUUUCCUGUGGUCCACCUAUCAAACGUAAGCAUGAGCGAAUUUGAAUUUCAUGAUCUGCCAUUCACCUACACUCUCAAGCCCAAGACUCGACAUCCACAUUCAGUCCACAACCCGUGGCGGUCGUUUUGCGAACUAUAUCGAAGACAGAUACGAUGGAAAUGUUGCACUUGUGUUGGUCUUCUACAAUUUGACCGACAGCUGCUUCCGCAACGAGCAAUUGCAUACGCUAGCAAACUCUGUAUCGGCUCAAGAUCUAGUGCCUCAGUUUGGUCUCGGAGCUGGCCCGUCAACGGUGACCAGUCCGUUUUACUCAUUAUACUCAAACGGAACAAGCAGUAGGAGAGAACUGCAACUACUUGGUCGUGACUUUUCUGGUGCCGUGGAAGAAGCUGAAAGUAGUAGGGCUAGUACACCGACAACCUCUGCUUCUACAUCAUCAAGUACUUCUUCUAGUCAAAGUCAAAGAAGGCACCUCUCUGCCAACUGGCCUAGCACUCUACCCGCAGACCCAUAUGAAGUGACGCCGUUCAAGGGCCACGUUUCGAAUUUCCCGACUACCAGUGUGUACGAAAACUGCGUUACCAAUCAGCCAAUGGAAUGUUUCAAUACCUGUUUCUUCCAGAACAGCGAGUUCCGCACUAGAUUAAGGGUAGGUUAAAGGUGCUUUUCUUACCGCUUUUUAUGCCUCUCCUAAGGGAGAAAAGCAUAACAAGCGGGGUAAGCGAGCACCAAAAGCCUACCUCUAACGAGAGCUAUCAACGAAAUUCAAGCUGCAAUGUCCAGUAAUGCUCUUGCCGGAUCGACGAGUGGCUCCUCAAGUAGUCGGAGGAGAACUUCUCUAUUGGACGAGGAUCUUCUAGAUGAAGGUGGAGAUCAGAAAAAGAGUCAAGAGCUGAUCGACGCGAUUGCGGAGAAGUAUCAGGAAAACGUGGAUGAAAUGGAGUAUCGUCGUCGGAGUCGGACAGAGCAGGACGAGUCUUCUGAGGAUCAUGUGAUCCUGAACCCGUUCCUCGAAUUCGCCGAUGAAGUGCGACAUGCGACAAAGAAGCGCUGGAAUGAGAUGGAAGCGCAAUUCGCCGAUGAAGUGCGACAUGCGACAAAGAAGCGCUGGAAUGAGAUGGAAGCCAGUUCAUCGACAUCAUCAUCAGCAGUGGAGAAGCGCACUCUCACCUCCGCCCAACAGUCACAGCAACAAGACACUACCGACCCUGACAAAAAAGUCGACUGUCAGUCGUUAG